AUGCCUCCAGCAGGGACUCAACCACGCAAGCCGCCUGCACCUUCGGCAGCUAAUAAAGAGGCCAACGAAUACAUCCCGUCCUUUAUUUCGAAGAAACCCUUCUAUAUUGGCGACGACGACGACCAAAAUGAUUACCUUGAGCAUCAACGUCUUCAAAAGGCGCAAUCCGAUCAGUCAAAAUGGUAUGAUCGCGGUAAGAAAGUUGGGCCAGCAGCUACAAAAUUCCGCAAAGGCGCAUGUGAAAACUGCGGCGCCAUGACACACAAAACGAAAGAAUGUCUAAGUCGACCGAGAGCUAAAGGCGCAAAAUGGACGGGCAAGGAUAUUCAAGCGGAUGAGGUAGUACAGGAUGUCAGUUUGGGAUGGGAUGCGAAGAGGGACCGCUGGAAUGGAUAUGAUAGCAAAGAGUACCGGAAUGUUAUUGACGAGUAUGCGCAACUGGAGGAGCUGAAGAAAAAAGUUGUGGAUACGGCAGCAAAGGAGGACGAAGACGACGAGGGAGAGGAUGGAGCGAAGUAUGCCGAGGAGUCGGAUAUGGGAAGACAUCAGAAGACCUCAACAAAGCAGUUACGGAUACGAGAGGAUACUGCUAAGUACCUGCUAAAUCUGGAUCUGGACUCUGCCAAAUAUGACCCCAAGACACGGUCUAUGGUGGAUAGUGGAGCAACAGCAGAUACCGCAGCGGCUCUGGUUGCAGAAGAAGGGUUCAUGAGAGCCUCGGGAGAUGCUGCUGAGUUCGAAAAAGCGCAAAAAUAUGCUUGGGAAUCUCAGGAGAAGGGAGGAGACACCAAGCAGCAUUUGCAAGCUAACCCCACCGCAGGAGAGUAUUAUCGAAAGAAGGAGAAAGCUGAAGCAGAGGCGAAGAAGUUGGCGCAUCAGAAGAUGUUACUGGAAAAAUAUGGUGGUGAGGUUAAUCCACUGGCUGCCAAACUUCGAGAGACUGCUGUAUCUGAAUCUGAGAGAUACGUCGAAUAUGACGAAUCAGGGUCUAUCAAAGGUGCUCCCAGGAUUAUUGCUAAAUCCAAAUACGCUGAAGACGUGAUGAUCAACAAUCACACAUCAGUAUGGGGAAGUUGGUGGUCAAAUUUCGAAUGGGGUUACGCUUGCUGUCAUUCGAUGGUCAAGAACAGUUAUUGUACUGGAGAAGAGGGCAAAGCAGCUUUUGAGGAAGCCGAUCGUCGUCGCACGGGUGGUGUUCUAGAAAUUGAGGAAGCUGAAGCUCCCCAGGAAAUUGAAUGGGCUUCCAAGAAAGAUCCGAUAAAUACACCACCACAAGCGGAUGUAGGCACAGAACCCACGAAGAAGCGAACCAUAGAAGAAAUGACAGGGGGUGUGACGGAAGAAGAUAUGGAUGAAUAUAGGAGGAAGAGGACCGCUGCCAACGAUCCCAUGGCUGCAUUUUUGGGGAAAGAUGAAUUGCUACAACAGUAG